UUGACAGCGCUAUAUGCAGUGCAACUGAACUUGUCAGCAGUGCGGUGAAGACAUUUGGCGAUUUUUUGGUCUGAAAGUACCGAAGAAAUCAUGGAGGUUUAUUUCGAAAACGCCAAACAGUCCAUCGAUGACCAGGAAAAGCAGCUGUGGGACCUGGGCCACGAAAUCUGGCGGAAUCCCGAGCUGGGCCGCCAGGAGUUCCACGCUCACCGACUGUUGACGUCGUUCUUACGGGAGCGUGGUUUCGAGGUGGAGGAGCAGUACAUCGCCCCGACGGGCUUCCGCGCGUCGUUUGGUGCGGUGGACCGGGAGUCCACGGGCAAACUCCACGUCUGUCUGCUGUGCGAGUACGAUGCUUUGCCGGAGCUGGGUCAUGCAUCGGGCAGGAAUCUCAUCGCUGAGGCCACUGUGGCUGCCGCUUUGGGAAUCAAGGCGGUGAUCGAGAAGAACAGCAACGGCAAACGACUGGGAAAGGUGACUGUCCUGGGAUGCCCCGACCAAGAAGGCAACGGCACCAAAAUCGAUGCAAUCAACCAGGACUUCUUCAAGGACAUCGACCUCGCCAUGACUGUCACACCUUACAGCGCCAACAUCAGCAAGCCCACCAUGCUGACCAUCAUGCGUGUCACGUUGUCGUACCACGGGAAAACGGCGCACGCCUCAGCCCAGCCCUGGGAAGGCCGCAACGCCCUGGACGCGGCCGUGCUGUGCUAUAACAAUAUAUCCGUUAUGCGGCAGCAGCUGAAACCCCACAUGCAGAUCCAUGGUGUGAUCACCAGUGGGGGCGUCAAACCAAACAUCAUCCCUGAGAACACAGAGAUGAAGUUCUACCUGCGGGCCAGGGACCACAUUGACAUGGCCUUCCUCCAACAGCGAGCAAAUGCUGCCUUCGUCGCGGCGGCCAAGGCCACCCACUGCGAGAUCGAGUUCAACUUCACCGACCACCCCUACUCCAAUCUUCUCUCCAACGACGCUUUGGCCAAGUCUUACCAAAAACACGCCGAGUCCAUGGGUGUGGAGUUCACAACAAAAUGCGAUCUUCUGACCACGCCCGUUGGCUCCUCCGACGCCGGCAACGUCUCCCAUGUCGUGCCCUGCAUCGUGCCAGCCUUCGACGUAGAGGGCGGUGUUGUCAACCACACCUCGGAAUUCACAGCGGCUGCAGGGGAGGAGGCUGCCCACUCCAGCUCAAUACGUGUAGCCAAAGCCUUAGCCAUGACGGCCAUUGAGGCUAUGAAUGACAUAGCUGUAAUAAACAAAGUCAGGGAAGACUUCACAGCUGUUCAUGGGGAUUCCACUGCUCUGACCAGUUGGAACUGAAUGCAAUGUUUGACCUACAAUGUGGACAUCCAAAUUUCACCAAAUAUUCCUUCUAUUUUCUUGGAACAGUGUUUGCAGUCAAUAGAUUGCCUCAGGAAAAUGAGGAAGCCA